AUGGGCAGAGGCAGUUGGGAGGAAUCUAUAUAUUGCUACACCCCACACAACUUCACACGAGAUCAGGCCCUGUAUGCCAGAGGCUACUGCUGGACAGAGCUGCGGGAUGCAUUACCCGGUGUUGACCCUGAUCUCCGGCCUUCCCUGUUUGAGCACAAGUUUCUGCCUUAUGCUCUGAUGGCCUUUGCAGGCAUAAUGUACAUACCUGUCCUGGGAUGGGAGUUCCUGGCCUCCACUCGCCUCACCUCUGAGCUCAACUUCCUCCUUCAAGAGAUCGACAACUGCUACCACAGGGCAGCCGAGGGCCGAGCACCCAAGAUUGAGAAGCAGAUCCAGUCCAAAGGGCCAGGGAUUACAGAAAGCGAGCGACGUGAGAUCAUUGAGAAUGCUGAGAAGGAGAAGAGCCCUGAGCAAAACCUGUUUGAAAAGUAUCUAGAAAGGCGAGGGCAGAAUAAUUUUCUGGCUAAGUUGUAUUUGGCACGGCAUUUAGCCAUCAUCUGCCUCAGCUCAAUCCCCAUUACUUACCUGAGUACUUAUUAUGCCCGUCAGAGGCAGAAUGAGUUCACCUGUGCCCUGGGCGAGCCACCUGACACUAGCAGCAUUCCUGAACUGCGGUUAAAUGUUAAUUGCAAACUGCCAGCCGUGCAGCUCCAGCGCAUUAUGGCUGCCGUGGAUAUCGCCUUGCUCUGUACUAUGAACCUCAUCAUCCUUUUGAACUUGCUGCAUUUGUUUGUGGUGCGCAAGUCCAACUUUGUCUUCGACAAGCUGCACAAAGUGGGAAUUAAAACACGCAGGCGCUGGCAAAAGUCACAGUUUUGUGACAUCAAUAUUCUUGCCAUGUUCUGUAAUGAGAACAGAGACCACAUUAAGUCUCUUAACAGACUGGACUUUAUCACUAAUGAGAGUGACCUCAUGUAUGAUAAUGUGGUGCGGCAGCUGUUGGCAGCCUUAGCCCAGUCCAACCAGGAUGCCACUCCGACUGUGAGAGACUCUGGUAUCCAGACUGUUGACCCCAGUAUAAACCCAUCUGUGCUUGGUGUAGGAGAGCUGAGUGGAGAACCCUCAGUAAUCAAAAGACCCCGCAAGAAGAUGAAAUGGAUCCCCACAUCUAACCCUUUGCCACAGUCCUUUAAAGAACCCCUCACUCUAACCAGGCUGGAAAAUAGUAUGAAGGCAGAAAAACCUAAACCAGUACGGAGGAAGAAUGAAAGCAUUAUGGCUCCACUUCUGGAUAGUAAGAGCACACAACAUCCUCCUACUACCAAAGAAACAUAUAAUAUAGAGAAGAAACACACUCUUAAUCUCACGCUGGAUGUUCAUCCUUACAUGCUAACCAUCCAGAAAGCAAAACCAGAAAAGUUGAACUCCGAGCCACCCCCUGUUGAGCACUCUCUCGACAAUGUUUAUAUUGAGGGCCCACAUACAAUUGGCCAUGUCUCCUCUUCUCUAACUGAGAAGAAAGAUUCUCCUCCACUGUCCACAACCACCACCUUCUCCACAGCCACAUUCUCCACAACAUCCUAUAUGAAUGGUGAUACAAACAACCUGCCUCCUUCAGACUCCCUGAAGGUCAAGGAUCCUCUCAAUCAGGGGGCUGAACCUGAGAGCCAACCUGGGCCUUUCAGCAAAAAUCCCUCGCACCCACUGCUGAGCAUCCAUCACACCUUGCAUGAGGAAGAGGAGGAGCAAAGCAAAAGAGCCAGACUAACCAGACCUGGCGAGCUGAUUGCUGAUGGAGAGUGCUGAAGGCAGAUAAACAUGUGCACAUACUCUCACACAAAUGCAAUAGCACUUAGAAUAUGAACUGAAGCACAAAAGAAUAUGCUGGUUUUUAGGGUAAUGUUUUUGGAUUUCCAGUUAUGUGUGGAUUACUGAUUAAUACAUUUUCAGAGAUAAUGAUUAUGGGACAUUUGGUAGGCAAUGUUGAGAUGUUAUACAGUAACACAUUCACAAUUAUGACGAGGCGGAGGUCAUGGCCGGGCCCUGAGGGUGCACAGCUGGUGCUAAGUCAAAUAAUUUGCAGGGGAGAGAGAUAAAGGGGAGUCGGAGACACCAGUUCGGGAGAGAGUGAAACACACGCGGCCACUCUGUGUGUGUGUGUGUGUGUGUGUGUGUGUGUGUGUGUGUGUUUAUGUUUGUUUUAUGUUGUUUUAUGUUGCGUUUAUGUCAUUAAAGUUUACGUUGACUGUUCUGCCGGGUCCCCAUCCCUAACCCAUUACAUUGGUUCCGAAACCCGGGAAGGAGGAGGGAUGUGCUGUUGUGGAGUCUCUUUGCUGCUUCCGUCCACCAGGGGAGGGUUUAGAAACUCGGGAAGGAGGAGGGAUGCGCUGUUGUGGAGUCUCUUUGCUGCGAAUAGGAGUCACUGCCAGCCACCGGGAGUCGGAGGAAGUGCUGCCAUCUGCCAGGAAGGUGAGGAGCCGUUCUCGGAGGGCAUGGCCGGGCCGUGAGGUUGCACGGCCGGAACUGAGUCAAUUAAUUAGCAGGAGAGAGAAAUAAAGGGGAGCCAGAGAUACCAGUUCAGGAGAGAGACACCCAAGACCUUGUUGCUUACCCAAUGUGUUGAUGUGUCCCCUAUAACAUUUCAAAUGAAGGCAGACGCACAUACAUUUUUUUUUUUUUUUGCAAAAAGCACGAUUUGUUCAUUUAUAACAUUAAUUUCAAUGCAGUUUCAUGCACUUUUACACAGCACAUUUUUUUCACUGAUGUCAAGAGUUAUCCAACGCAAAACAGUUUAUGUAUUCUUAAAAUAUGCAACCUCACGUUAUUAUUGUUGCAAUAAUAUGCAGAUAUGGACUGUAUAUACUAAGCUGUAUAGAAAAAAAGUACUUCUUUCAUUUAAUAAUAUGAAAUAUUUUAGGCAUUUUCCUUGUUCAAAAAUGAUAAUCACUACGGUAAUUUACAAAUCCCAUGGCUUGUUUAUCCUCACACCUUCUGUGCACUUAUUCAAUGGAAUUGAAUCAAUCUAGGUCUCUGGUUCAAAGUGUUAAAAACAUUAAACUCUAGAUCAUCAGAGGAACAAAGGGAUUCUUA